AUGGGAAUCAUUCGCCAUGUUGGAGAUGCCCUAAAAGAUCAUUCUUCCAAGUCCAGAGGACGCAUCUGUGCCAUUGGCAUUGCCCCGUGGGGCAUUGUGGAAAACAAGGAAGAUCUACUUGGAAAAGAUGUGACGAAGCUUUAUCAGACGAUGUCAAACCCGCUUAGCAAACUUUGUGUGCUGAACAGCUCCCAUACGCACUUCAUCCUCGCCGACAACGGCACCCUGGGCAAAUAUGGGGCAGAGGUGAAACUGAGGCGCCAACUGGAAAAGCACAUCUCUCUGCAGAAAAUCAACACCCGCCUGGGGCAAGGAGUCCCUGUGGUAGGAUUGGUAGUUGAAGGUGGCCCCAACGUGAUCUCAAUUGUUUUGGAAUAUCUGCGUGAAGAGCCCCCACUUCCCGUGGUCAUCUGUGACGGCAGUGGACGAGCAUCGGACAUCAUAUCUUUUGCACACAAGUAUUCAGAAGAAGGCGGGUGA